AGGAAAUUUCGAGGUGGCUCUCCCUUCCUUCCUCAUCAUCCACUCACUCCUUCAGUUCCUGAUCGGAUCAGCCAACAACGCAUCAAUCAUGCCAUGGUUCUCUCGCAUACUGCUUAUGGAUCGCCAUCAGGGGGGUGUUCAUCAAUGGCUCCAGCAAUGAGCAUUGUUUCCAUCUUUUAGCAGCACACAGCACACAGCACACAACCCCCAUGGUGCCAGGUGCAGCAGCUCCCAUUCCUCCGGCGGGCACUGCGGGCAACUGGCUGGCAGUCUCCCAUCACCGCCUUUUCGGACUCCUCAGUGCACAAUUUAAGGCCUGCGUGACCUCUCCGGAUUUCAUAUCUGUCAAUAUAUCCAUGCCUAUUUUUGCACUCCCGAGAAAGAUUAGGAAGUCCCGGGAAUCAUCACUGAGAAGCUGGUGGAAACAUCGCCUAUCUCAGUAUGCCUGUCUGACUGACUGUUCUCUCUCUCUCUCUCUCUCCCCCCCACCCGUGCCCGGUGGAGCAAUGGCCUGCAGCUACCUACUGCAAUUCGCGUCCCAUCCUUUUUGCCAACUCACCGUUGCCCCCAGAGGCAGCGGCAAUAGCGACUUGGAUGGAUUAGUAUUUUUAGGUCGUCUGAUCGUCGGCGCAGAGAUUUCUGGAGCUGCCGAAUGGGGUCGCUAAACGGCGGUUCUGCCCCUGAUUGCGGCCUGUGUUUGGCCCCUUCCGAGCCCGUGGUGGGCCCCGUCUCGAUAAUCAAUCGGUAGUUCC